UGAACACAGCGUCGGGUCCGAUUUGCUAAGGUCCGGAGUCUCUAUUUUUAAAACCGCACUGGAACUACGACUCCCAAGAUGCUCCACAUCCGCCGGCAGCGCCAGCUUUGGACUUCACCAUCUCGGGGUCCCAUUGCGUCUUACGUUCCACUUUCCAAGUGGCUCCAAGGGCUUUUCGUUUUCUUCCACGGGUGUCCAGUGUCAUCUUGGGAGUUAAAUUUCUGAAUUUUAAAACUGCCCCAGAUUCCUGUGGGUGUUGGUUUUUAACUUUAUUGCUUAGACGGAGCCCAGUUGCUGUUGGGGAUUGUAGUCCUUUUACCAUUUACACCUUAGUGUACCCAGGACUUUAUGGGAAAUGUACAGUGUAAGGGGUUAGCCGUGGUUCUCAACCCGAGCUCCACGUCGAAAUCACCUGGGACGGUGCCAAAGAGAUACAGAUGACUAGCCCACUUCCAGAUAUUAUGAUUCUUUUCGGCUUGGGUCUGCCAGUUUUCUCCAUCCAAGACAACCCCCUUGAGGAUACUGCCCUGGAUCAAAGCCACUAUUGGCCAUCCGAAAGCCAGACUUGGCACCCCAAGACCCUGACCCUAUCCAGGUCCCAGAGGUCCAGGCCCGCAGAAGCUCCGAAGGCUCUGGCCACAGGUCCCAGCUCCUCUGAACUGUUUGAAGAGUCCUGGCCAUCCAGCUCAGAAAGCCCUUCCCCGCCCAGCACCACUGAAGGACAGAUGGGAACCUCUCCGUCACCCACCCUGAUCGACAGCAGGGAGUCCGUGGUGGCCAAGUACAUAAACCGGUUCCGUCAGGCUCAGCCCACAAGCCGAGAGGAGCGCCAGCCUGCAGGCCCAACCCCAGCUGACUUUUGGUGGCUCCGGCCUGAAUCUCCAGACACCAGCAGUCAACUUGCUGCAGCAGGAGCCAAUGAACCAGAAGGAAGACCCAGCACAGCAGUCCCAAUUCUUGCCAAGUUGGCCAGUGCAUCUCAGGCAAAGGCUGUGCCCCCCCUUGAGGAAAUGAAGCAGAGCCUCAACACAUGGAACUCGUCCCUGCUGGACCUGGAGACACUGAGCCUACAGAGCAGAGCUGCCAGGCUGCUCAGACGCAGCAAGGCAUCCAUCUCUGCCUCCUCACUAAGCCCUAGCGAUACCAGCAGCUCCUCAUUCCCAGUCAGCUCUGAUGGCCUCUCUCCCUUCUCCGUGACCUUCACCCCUGACUUCAGCAAGGGCUCUGACCCCAAGGCACAUGCAACACCAGUACCUGCCUCCAUCCCUGCGCCAGCCCAGGUCUCCUCCCAGGCACCCCUGCAUCCAGAGGAUGACAUUCUAUACCAGUGGCGGCAGCGGCGGAAGCUUGAACGGGCUCGGGCUCAGGCUCGAGGAGGACAGGGUGAUGGAACCUGGGUACUACCCCAGACUCCUGCCCUCACCACUCCAGCCCAUUCUGCCCCUGCAGAGACUCUCGGCUCCCUGGGAACCCAGCCUCCCUGCGUCCCACAUUGGGCCAGUGUGGCCCGACCUGGGCCCCUGGAGGCCUUCUAUAUGGAGAGACCUCCUAUUCCCCCAGGGUUCUCUCCACACAUCUUUUGGGGUCCCAGCCCCCAUGGGUUCUUCUGGGCCCCGCAGUCUGGUCCCUGGGUAUCUCUCGGGGCCAUUCCUCCCGCACCGUCAACCCCUGUGGCUCUGGCUGCCACAUCCCUGCCCCCCGCCUCCACCUCGGCACCCGCAGCCUCCACCCUCCCGCCCCCAACCGCCCCCCAGGACCCGCCCACUCCUGCUCCAAGCUGCCCGGCCCAGCCGGAGAGGCAGGGCCCCAAGCCUCGGAGUAGCAGAGCCCCGCGCCAGGAGUCGGCUGGGGCAGUCGUGGCAGCUGACAAGGAGCCUGGUCCCCAGCUCAGAGGCGCCCUGGGCCAAGUAGUAUCAGCUCGACUCUUCCCCGAUGGCCUGGAGGACACGCCCCCUCACCUUGAGAGCCCACCUCUACCCGAGGGUGAAUCUCUGAAAGUCAAAGCCACACAGCCCCAAACCAAGAUUGCGCCACCUCGCUCAGAGGUCACGCCCCCUCUAUCUGGAUCAGAAUUUCCCAAGGCACAGACUCCACCAAGUCGGUCUAAAGCCGAGUCUCCGAAAGCCAAGGCCACGCUCCCCCUAGCGGUGUGGGAGCCUAGGGAAGACAAAGACACUCCCUUGGCUGAAGCUGGGUAUCAGGCGCCCAAGGUCCGGCCCACUCCAGCUAAGGAGGCAUUCCCUGGCGCCAGGGCCCCGCCCCCUUCCUUCAAGGCAGGGUCUCUCGAGGCGGUGGCUGCUCCCUCCUCUGCUGCUGGCCACGCCCCCUCAGAAGAUCUGCUCUGCCAGGCUGCCAGACUUCUAGAGGAGGCGGAAGACUCUGACGGCAGCGAGUUCCAGGACGACCCGGUACUUCAGUUGCUAAGAGUUCAGAGGGCCGAGCUGAGACGCCAGAAAAGGAAAGUGGACGCCCAACUAUGCCUCUUACUGGAGCACACUGAAGACCCAGGGACUUGGUCUCCUCCAACCAGGUCGCCCCCCCAGGUCCCCAGGAAGGCGUCUGCAGAGGGAAGGAGUUUCUCUUGAGACCAGACAAUAUUGAAUUGUACAAAUUAUGUUUUUCCCAAUACAAUAUAUUAUUUUUUUCACGUUA